UGUGUGUUGCGGUUGAUGUUGAUGUUUUUGUGUGUAUGAGGCGCGGGGCAUCAGGUUUGAAAGUUCGCGGUGACGUUGUUGCAGGGAUUGGAGGACUGGGACAGGGAUGCUUUAGUCUCGGUCUCUUCUGGGUACCUACCUAUGUAUACCUUGAUACCUAUACAUAGGUAUGUACUUCAUCACAGGCAUUUGCUGUUGACGGUUGCAAUAAUAUCUGGUGGAGCAUCAUGGACCGGUUUAUUGGUUUUGCUCUCAGCCAUGACUGCAUUUAUAUUAUCUCCUUACCAGAUACUGCCGUGGAUUUCUGAUCAAGUUGUACUCUUCCUAUACACAGUAUGAAUGCUCGUCCCUCCAGCCGUGCCACAAUAUUGAUGAUACU